AUGGAUCACGGUCGAGAGAUGAGCAGCAGCCGCUGUCGCUACGAUGAAGACGAGGACCAGCAGUCCUUGUACAUGGGGGUGCCGAUGCCACAAGGUUACCGCCGCAAGCGCCGCCGGAGGCGCUUGUCCUUCUCGGGUCACGACGGCACGGACGUGGAGCGCGGGGGCCACCGGGAUCCCCAGCGGCACGAGCGCUACGAGUCCGAGGACACCGAGCACUACGAGCUGCACUACGAGCAGCCGGGGCGCGGCCUCCAUCCACCUGACGUCAGUCGCAUCAUGUCUCCCGCCGCAGAGCGUCUGAAGUACAUCCUGGGAGACGAUGAGGACGCCGGGCCGACGCCCACACUCUUCACCGAGAUGGACACGCUCCAGCACGAGGGCGACGAGCUGGAGUGGCGAGAGUCGGCCAGGUGGGUGAAGUUCGAGGAGAAGGUGGAGGAGGGCGGCGAGCGCUGGAGCAAACCUCACGUCUCCACGCUGUCCCUGCACAGCCUGUUCGAGCUGCGCACGUGCCUGCAGACGGGCGUGGUCAUGCUGGACCUGGACGGAUACUCGCUGCCGCAGAUCGUCGAUGACAUCAUCGAGCGCCACAUCGAGGAGGGCACGGUGAGUCCAGAGCUGAGGGACAAGAUCAGCUUCGUGUUGCUACGGAAACACCGGCACCAAACCAAGAAGCCCAUCCACCGCUCACUGGCCGACAUCGGGAAGGGCGGCUCCGGCCCCGGCCGAAGUCCUGCCCGCAGUCCGGCAGCCACGCCCAACUUCAAUCGCUCCAUCGAGGAUCUGCACAGCAAACACUCGGCCAACUACGGCCGCCUGCGUUACGCCCAGAGCCGAAGUAUGAACGAUAUUUCAGACACGCCCAGUACAGACCAGCUCAAGAACAAGUUCAUGAAGAAGAUCCCGAGGGACGCGGAGGCCUCCAACGUGCUGGUGGGCGAGGUGGACUUCCUCGACAAGCCCUUCGUGGCCUUCGUACGGCUGGCGCAGGCCACCACGCUGGGAGGCCUCACCGAGGUCCCGGUCCCCACCAGGUUCCUGUUUGUGCUCCUGGGUCCUCCUGGCAAAUCCAAGUCCUACAACGAAAUUGGCCGAGCCAUCGCUACGCUCAUGGUGGACGAUCUUUUUAGCGACGUGGCGUAUAAAGCCCGGGACCGCGAGGACCUGAUCGCAGGGAUUGACGAGUUCCUGGACGAGGUGACCGUGCUUCCACCUGGAGAGUGGGACCCCAAAAUCCGCAUCGAGCCACCGAAGAGCGUCCCGUCUGCAGACCAGAGGAAGUCGGUGUUCUCAAUAAACGAGCUGGGACAGGCGAACGGCACGGGGGGCGCAGGAGGCGGCGGCCUUGGCCAGGACGAAGAGAUGCCCAUGCCUCACGAGCUCGGCGAAGAGCUGGCGUACACCGGCAGGUUCUGCGGAGGCUUGUUUCUGGACAUCAAGAGGAAACUGCCCUGGUACCCCAGCGACUUCUACGAGGGUUUCCACAUCCAGUCCAUCUCGGCCGUGCUGUUCAUCUACCUGGGCUGCAUCACCAACGCCAUUACCUUCGGCGGCCUGCUGGGAGACGCCACCGACAACUACCAGGGGGUGAUGGAGAGUUUCCUAGGGACGGCGUUGGCCGGUACGGUCUUCUGCUUUUUCGGAGGGCAGCCGUUAAUCAUCCUCAGCUCCACCGGACCCAUCCUCAUCUUCGAGAAGCUUCUCUACGAGUUUAGCAAGAAGAGCGGCAUGGACUACAUGGAGCUGAGGCUCUGGAUCGGCAUUCACUCGUGCGUCCAGUGCCUCCUCCUGGUGGCCACCGACGCCAGCUACAUCAUCAAGUACAUCACGCGCUUCACCGAGGAGGGCUUCUCCAGCCUCAUCUCCUUCAUCUUCAUCUCCGACGCCCUCAAGAAGAUGGCCGGGUCCUUCAGCUACUAUCCCAUCAACACCGACUUCCAGCCCGACUACAUCACGUCCUACAAGUGCGAGUGCGUCGCGCCCGACCCGGUGGCUUUGCUGAUGUUGGGGGGUGCAGUUCCCGUUCCGGAUAACACUUCUGCUCUCUUUGGUAUGAACGUAACAGCUCUGGACUGGACGCAGCUCAGUAAGAAAGAGUGCGUGAAGUACGGCGGCGCGCUGGUGGGCAAGUCCUGCGGGUACGUCCCGGACCUGGCGCUCAUGUCCUUCAUCCUGUUCUUCGGCACCUACUCCAUGACCGUCUCGCUCAAGAAGUUCAAGUUCAGCCGCUACUUUCCUACCAAGUUGAGGAAGCUCAUCAGCGACUUCUCCAUCUUCAUGUCCAUCAUGACGUUCGUGGGUCUGGACAUGCUGAUGGGCCUGAAGACGCCCAAACUCAUCGUGCCCACCGAAUUCAAGCCCACGCGUCCGGACCGCGGCUGGAUCGUCAUGCCUUUCGGGAAGAACCCGUGGUGGGUGUAUCUGGCCAGCUCUGUGCCCGCGCUCCUGGUGACCAUCCUGCUCUUCAUGGACCAGCAGAUCAGCGCCGUUAUCGUCAACCGCAAAGAGAACAAGCUGAAGAAAGGGUGCGGCUACCACCUGGACCUGCUCUGGGUGGGCGUCCUGAUGGUGGCCUGCUCCUUCAUGGGCCUCCCGUGGUACGUGGCGGCCACCGUCAUCUCCAUCGCUCACAUCGACUCUCUGAAGAUGGAGAGCGAGUCCAACGCGCCGGGAGAGCAGCCGCAGUUCCUGGGCGUCAGGGAACAGCGGCUGACGGGAAUCCUCGUCUUUGUCCUGACUGGAGUCUCCAUCUUCCUGGCUCCCAUCCUGCAGUUCAUCCCGAUGCCAGUUCUGUACGGCGUCUUCCUCUACAUGGGUGUUGCCUCACUCGGAGGCAUCCAGUUCUGGGACAGGGUCAAGCUGUUCCUGAUGCCGGCCAAGCACCAGCCUGAUUUCGCCUACCUGCGCCACGUGCCCCUCAGGAAGGUCCAUCUCUUCACGCUGCUGCAGAUCAUCUGCCUGGCCGUCCUCUGGGUCCUCAAGUCCACCUUCCUCGCCAUCAUCUUCCCCAUCAUGAUCCUGGGCCUGAUGCUGGUGCGGAAGAUGCUGGACAUGGUCUUCUCGCAGCACGACCUGGCCUGGCUGGACGACCUCCUCCCCGAGAAGGAGAAGAAGAAGAAGGACGACAAGAAGAAGGACGGAGGCAGGAAAGACAAGAAGAGGACGAGGGGCGGAGACGAGAGCGAGGACGACGAGAGGUUCCACCCGUACUCGGACUGCGCCCCCGCAGACCUGGACGUGGACCGCAGAGCUCCCGCCGCGCCGCCGCUGACCCUCGACCUUUUGCCUCGUCCCCCCUCCUCCUCCCGUAACGGCGACUUGCCGCUCCGCAGCAUCACCCUGCACUUGAAGAUCUCGUGCCCGUCGUCGCCGGUGUCGCCCGUCACCCGCGGCGGGUCGUGCCGCCCGGUGCCGCAGCUCAAGAUCGAGGUGGAGUCGGAGUACGAGGAGGACGGCGAGGACGCGGAGCCCCGGGGGAGGACGCGGGACGUGGGCAGCGAGACCACGCUGUAG